AUGAGCUUUAUCAGCUUGCGGAGCCUGGCUCCCGCGACAAAGGUUCGCCGCUUCGCAAAUUUCCAACCACCCUCGCAAUCAGCGGUUGCAUCUGAGCUGACCUGUUCUAUCUUCCAGUUCACAAAAACUUUGAGACAUCAGAGACGCCUGUUUUCGUCUUCACACCCUGCAGCCCAGAUAUUCGCGAACCAACCGCUCCGUGCGAAAGAAGCUUCUCCGUUUGUUUCGAAAAAUUAUCCUGUCAUUGAUCAUGAAUAUGAUGCGGUCGUUGUCGGUGCUGGAGGUGCUGGUCUUCGGGCUGCGUUUGGUCUAGCAGAGGCCGGGUUCAACACAGCAUGUAUUUCGAAACUUUUCCCAACACGAAGUCACACUGUUGCAGCUCAGGGGGGUAUUAAUGCCGCUCUUGGGAACAUGCACGAGGACGACUGGAGAUGGCAUAUGUACGAUACAGUCAAGGGAUCUGACUGGCUGGGUGAUCAGGAUGCUAUCCACUACAUGACAAGAGAGGCACCCCAGAGUGUCAUCGAACUUGAGGGAUAUGGAUGUCCAUUUUCACGAACAGAGGACGGCAAGAUCUAUCAACGUGCUUUCGGUGGACAGUCACAGAAAUACGGCAAGGGGGGCCAGGCUUACCGAUGUUGUGCUGCUGCGGAUAGAACUGGCCACGCCCUUCUUCACACUCUCUACGGCCAAUCACUCCGACACAACACCAACUAUUUCAUCGAAUAUUUCGCCAUGGAUCUCUUAAUGGAGGAUGGAGAAUGCAAAGGUGUAAUUGCUUAUAACCAAGAAGAUGGCACCAUUCACCGUUUCUGCGCACACAACACUGUCUUGGCAACUGGAGGAUACGGCCGUGCUUAUUUCAGCUGCACGUCUGCCCACACUUGUACUGGUGACGGUAUGGCCAUGGUUGCCCGUGCUGGUUUGCCCAACCAGGACCUGGAGUUCGUUCAAUUCCAUCCUACGGGCAUUUAUGGUGCUGGCUGCCUCAUCACAGAAGGCUCUCGAGGUGAGGGCGGUUAUCUCCUGAACUCUGAAGGUGAGAGAUUCAUGGAACGAUAUGCUCCAACGGCCAAAGAUCUUGCAAGUCGCGACGUUGUUUCGCGAUCGAUGACUCUUGAGAUCCGUGAAGGGCGGGGUGUUGGUCCUGAGAAAGAUCACAUCUACUUGCAGCUGAGCCAUCUUCCUCCCGAAAUUCUCCAUGAGAGAUUGCCCGGUAUCUCAGAAACCGCAUCCAUUUUCGCUGGCGUUGAUGUCACCAAGCAACCCAUUCCCGUCCUCCCGACUGUCCACUACAACAUGGGGGGUAUCCCAACCCGUUACACUGGUGAAGUUCUCACGAUCGAUGAGAAAGGUCGAGAUAAGAUCGUUCCAGGUCUGUAUGCUUGUGGCGAAGCCGCCUGUGUGUCCGUCCACGGUGCCAACAGACUGGGAGCGAACUCUCUCCUAGAUUUGAUCGUUUUCGGACGUGCUGUCUCCCACACCAUUCGCGAUAAGGCAUCACCUGGGCAGCCACAUAAAGAGAUCGGCGCGGAUGCCGGUGCUGAGUCGAUUGGCAUCCUUGAUAAAAUCCGAACCGCGGAUGGAUCUAAGUCAACAGCUGAGAUUAGAAAUGCUAUGCAGAAAACUAUGCAAACGGACGUCAGCGUUUUCCGAACCCAGGAGAGUUUGGAUGAGGGUGUCCGCAAAAUCAAAGAGGUUGACCAAAUGUUUAAUGAUGUCUCAACAAAAGAUCGCAGCAUGAUUUGGAACUCUGACCUCAUUGAGACACUCGAACUAAGAAACUUGUUGACAUGCGCGACCCAAACCGCCAUUGCAGCUGCCAACCGCAAGGAAUCCCGUGGUGCCCAUGCCCGUGAGGAUUUCCCAGAACGUGAUGACGAGAACUGGAUGAAACACACUUUGACCUUCCAGAAGGAACCUCACGGCAAGGUAGAUCUCACCUACCGUGCUGUUAACGCCAAUACCCUCGAUCCGAAUGAGUGCAAGCCGGUCCCACCCUUCAAGCGGACGUAUUAG